AUGGCAUCAUCGAAAUUCACGGAUGAAAUUAAAGAGCAACUCCCUGCGACAACGCCACACUAUGAGGAAAAAUAUGAAAAUGCUAAUAUCGAGCAUACAGUAAUUAUGCAGGAGGAAGUGAAUAAUGAAUCGAACUCGUCGAUGCAAACUGAAUCUUCUACUGUAGUUGCAGAAUGGCAGAGAAUAAUUGAGGAAAUGAGAAAGGUAGAAAACAGAGACGGAAAUGCAGUAGAAGCCACCUCAAAGAGGGCGUUGAUGAAACAAGCAGAAAAUGAAGUACAAACUUCUGCUGACAAAAGCAAUAAUACUUAUGAAAUAAAUGAAGAAUUUGGUAUAAUUACAGUUGAAAAUGGAUCAGCGCGAAAUAAGCGGAAGCCAAAAUUCAUUAAUCAUAUCAUUUAUGAUAACAUCAACCAAAGUGCAAGUGAAACGGAAUAUGCUGUACAAGAAUACUUCGAUGAGUCCGAAGAAGAGCCUAUUGAUUUAAGCAACAGGAAUGGACAAAGUGAGAUACUGAAUAAACAACCUGAUGAGGUCAUAUUAAGUGAACAACACUACGAGGAAAGGACCGGUAAACCAAAUAAUGAGAAGGUCGACAGACCGGAAAACGCUUUAUCAAGUGCCAAACGAAAGCGUAAUGAAUUGGAAUUAUCAAAACUUAAUCAAAAAUAUGGCAACAGAACAUUCUCGACAUUUACGCCAUCGGAGCAACAAGAACUUCAGCAUAAAGCUUCAAAUGUUUACGAAGGUGCAACAUUUCGAAGUUUUGCUGAAUUCGAAGAAUGUUUAGAAGCUUACAAAAUUGUAUGGAAUUAUCCAUACAGGAGAGCUAGUUCUGAAUAUCUCCGAGAUAGCGAAGGACGUGUAAUUGACCGCUUUAAAUACAAAUAUGUAGUGUUUCAUUGCGCGCAUUACGGACAUCCGCGCAAAAGAGGAGGCGGUAAGCGUCCAAAUCAAAGUUAUCUUCCAUUAGGUUGCGAAGCCAGAUUUCGUUUAAAUGCCGAUACAACGAAUGGAUGCCUUCGAAUUUCAUCUUUUCAUGAAGAACACCAAAAUCAUGGCAACACUGAGGAAGACUACUUGCGAGUUAUAAACAAAAAGAGGAGAAAUUUAACUGAAGAAACAAUGCCGAGAUACGACAACAAUGACGAAACGAUGUUAGCCGUAAAUGAUAAAAAUGCGCCUGAAGUCGCAGAGAAUAAAUUUACUCCUGUUGCUUCACCUCCCGGAAAUUCUAUCUUUCAAAUUUCAUCCCAAGAAAACUCUGCCUUUGUGCCAGUUAUUCAUCCCGUAGAAAUGACGGAUCAAGGAAUAAACCAAAUGUUACAGCAGAGUAUACCUUUGGAAGAUUCUAUUUUACAGCUGCUAAUAUUCACAAUUCAAUUAUCCAAUCGAUUACAACGUAUAGAAUAUUUAAUUAUGAACGCUUACAUCAUCAAUUCUGUACGAUAUCUCUCACUAGAAUUAUACCUACCGUUUGUCUGUGGGAUAUGUGGUGCUGACUACUGUCUAUCGGAAUGGUCAGAUACACAACUGAGAAAUGUUAUGGCACUACUUCUACAACCACCAGAAAUACUGCUCCAAGGCUUGUUACCCAGCGACAUUUCAAUAAAUGAAGUAAGACAACUUCGACCACCAAGUAUUCAACGUGCGAUCACGGCUAUUAGAGAGGAAAAACUGAAGAAAUGCGACAAGAUUUUGACGCCAUUUAUUAGGCCUAUUUUUGAUGCUGCUACUCUAACUGAUUUCUCAGUAGCUGUUGGCGAAUCCAAAAAGUUGGCUGAUGAUGUAAUAAUUAUGAUUACAACAUUGUCAAUUCAUGUUAUAAAAAUAUGA